UCCACUCUAUAGUUUAGUUAGUCUGGGUGCAGCAAGGAGUGGUGGCACGGUCGAGUUGUUGCGGCUGUAAGUAAAGCAGAGAGUUGUGGCGGUUGCCAGCAGUAGCGGACCAUGUCCCUGGCGGAAGGCGUCUCCGACACAGAACACAGGGCCGACGAGGACAAACAGCAAGACAACAACAAGAUUUCUGAUAAGAGACAGAUGUCAGAUUCGUACAUGUGGAAGGAGCAGAUUCACACGUUAAUGAAGGGAGGGGAGAGCGAGUCUGACAUCUCGGACUCCGAGCACUUCCUCACGAAGGGCGCCUUCCUCCUAACGCCCUCCCACGGCCUCAGCAUGGAGAAAGCUUCCGCCAUCUGCGAGAAGAUGGAAUUCAAAGGCUGCUUUUCCCUCACCAAGACUGCCACUGGUAUACUCUUCAAGUUUUCUCAUGUUGAUGAUUACCAGAUGGUCUUCAAGAAGGGAUUCCAUAAAGUAACUGGAUCCAGGUUCUAUAGGAAGAUCGCGAUACCGUGCCGUCCUCAGAAGACGUUCACAAUCUACGUAUACGAUGUGCCCGACGAAGUGCCAGAGGAGGACGUGCGCCACGCCCUCUACAAGUUUACAUCCGUUGUAGAGGUGCUGCGUUUGCAUCUCGCCGGUUCACCAAGAGAUGGCAACACUGGUGCAUCAACUCCAAAACCAUUGGAAAAGACACCACCUCGUGCUCUGACGACCAUCGACGGAGAGCUUGUUAGCAGCAUGAUCCCGAAGGAAGCGUCCACUGUUAUCCGCGUGACUCUUGCCAGCAUCGAAGAAGCCAACAUCCUGCUGCAGAACGGUCUCGACUUCUACGGUGCCACCUUCUUCCUGACAGAGCUAGCUACGCCCGCUCAGGCCGCGAAGCUUAUCAAGCCUAGCAGAUCAUAUCGUUCCAGAGUAUCUGGGGGCACAGUGUCCGCGAGGGUCCGGGAUCUGCUCCCAGUCUUCGAUCAGCAGGGGUUCAAUAAGUUCGCACCGCCCGCAUCCAGGCUCGUUAAACCACGAGCCAAGUAAACCUACCCAUAAUCCUUUAGAUCCUUUUUCCAAAAAGUAGGCAAGUCGAAACCGCGCCAGUGAAAAUGUCUCAUAUCAUGUCGCGCGACUAGAGGCGCUAGUGGAAAGAGGAUCUUAAAUUGGAAAUGAAACUUCACUCUAUCUAGACUUGUAGGCUUCAUAAAUCUUGCUUGAUCUAGUUAAAAAGUAUGGAUAUUGAAAUAAGAAUUCCUGGAUUCAAAUUCAU